AUGUGUCUGCGCAUCGGUGGCCUGAAUGUGGGUGAGUUCCGGAAGGUGCUGAUGAAGACGGGCCUGGUGCUGGUAGUGCUGGGUCACGUGAGCUUCAUUGCAGCCGCUGUGCUCCAUGGCACCAUGCUUCGCUUCGUGGCUGCCGCCAGUGAUGCCGUGGUUCUACAGUACUGUGUGGUGGACAUCCUCUCCGUCACCUCUGCCAUUGUGGUCAUCAUUGCAGGAAUUGCAGCUGUUGUCCUGUCACGCUACCUGCGCAGCUCCCCCUUGCGCUGGGCCGUUUUUAGCCUGAGUGUGGCCUGUGGGCUUCUUUCUCUGACCUGCGCCCUUGGGCUCCUGGCCUCCAUCGCGGUGACUUUUGCCACCCAGGGCCGGGCACUGCUGGCAGCCUGUACUUUUGAGAGCCCUGAACUCCCAACACUGGCACCUGACUGUCCCUUUGACCCUACUCGAAUUUACAGCUCUAGCCUGUGCCUCUGGGCCAUCUCUCUCAUGUUCUGUGUGGCGGAGAGUGUGUCUGCCGUGCGCUGUGCCCAGCUCGUGCAUCGGCUGCUGGAACUGAAGCCCUGGUGGGGGAAAAGCUGCCACCACACGACGCAAAUGAGCCCAGAGCCCCUGGAUGGCCAUGACCUACUGAGCUGUACCAGCACUGUGCAGCUGACCAUCUGACACCUCAAUGGGACCAUGGCUACUGAGGCAUGUGACCAAGCCCGCACUGACCAUGGAGCCAUGGAAGCCUAGAUGGAUCCAGGAUUCCCAGAGCGGGCCCAAGAAGGCUCAAUGAACCCCUGGGGACGUGGGUGAGGGGCUUUGAACGCCCUCCCUGGCCACCCAG